CGAUCCGCGCCGUGGUCCCGCUGCCCCCGGCCCCGCGUGUCUUCUCCCGGGUAACAGCGGUGGGUCUAGGGGGAGAGGGCUCAGGUUGCACCGGGGACGUUCAGGUUGGAUGUCGGGAACGGCGAAGCGUUGGCGCGGGCUGACCGCGGAUGUGGUGCGGUCACCACGCUGCUCUCAAGCCCCUCGGAGAUGCGGCACUGAGGGUCAUAAACAGUGGGCGAGAUGAGGUGAGCUGGAGUUGGACUGGCUGAUCGCAGCGGUCUUUUCCAACCUCUGUGAUUCAGUGAUUCUAUGAAAAGCAGCAGGACGUGAUCUCAGUGAUGCUGUGCUGACAGAGGCAAAAUAGGAAGAGAAUGCCUGCUGCCUCAGUGAGUCAUUGUGGAGGCUGCACCCGUCUGUAAAACAUGAAGUGGUGUGCCAUCUCCAGGAGCAGUCUGGAAUCAGUACAGUCCAACUUGCUUGGGACAGAGGAGUUACGUUUAUCUGGCACAACAAGGAGAUCAGAUCUCGGCAUCAGGCCUUUGACACGGUCCCCCUCCACAUCCUUAUCUCCAAAUUGGAGGGAUGUGGAUUGGAUGGCUGGAUCACUCGAUGGAUAAGAAACUGGUUGAAAGGCCACAGAGAGAGAGUGGUGAUCCAUGGCUCUGUGUUCAGGUGGAGGCCAGUAAUGAGUGGCAUCCCCCAGGGCUCUGUCUUGGGACCGGGGCUCUGUAACAUCUUUAUCAAUGACAGCGAUGGCGGAAUCGAGUGCACCCUCAGCAAUUUGCUGACGACACCAAGCUGAGUGGUGCGGUCGACAUGGCUGAAGGAAGGGAGGCCAUUCAGAGGGACCUCGACAGGCUGGAAAAGUGGGAACAGGUGAACCUGAUGAGGUUCAACACAGCAAAGGGCAGAGUUUUGCACCGGAGGAAUCCCAGCCAUCCAUACAGACUGGAAGGAGCGGUGCUUGAGAGCAGCCCUGCAGAGAAGGACCUGGGGGUCUUGAUGGAUGAAACACAGAAUGUGAGCCAGCAGUGUGCCCUUGUGGCUCAGAAGGCAAAUGGUGUCCUGGGCUCCAUCAGAAGAGGAGCAGCCAGCAGGGACAACGAGGUGAUCGUCCCCUCUACUCUGUUCUUGUGAGGCCCCAUCUGCAGCACUGCGUCCAGGUCUGGAGCCCCCAGUACAAGAAAGACAGGGAGCUGUUGGAGAGGGUCCAGAGGAGCCACAAAGAUGAUGAGGGGGCUCAAGCUGAAGACAGGUUGAGGGAGCUGGGCUUGUUCAGCAUGGAGAAGAGAAGGCUGCAGGGUGACCUCACUACAGCCUUCAGGACCUAAAAGGAGCCUACAAACAGGAGGGGAGUCAGCUCUUGGAAAGGGGAGAUAACAGCAGGACAAGGGGAAAUGGUUUGAAGUGGAGGGAGGGCAGAUGGAGGUUGGAUGUCAGGGGGAAGUUGUGUGCUGUGAGAGUGGUGAGGUGCUGGAACAGCUGCCCAGAGAGGCUGUGAUGCCGCGUCCAUCCCUGGAGGUGUUCGAGGCCAGGUUGGAUGGGGCUGCUGUGAAAUGUGGAGGUUGGUGGCCCUGCGUGUGGUGGGGGGUUGGAGAUUUGUGAUCCUUGAGGUCCUUCCAGCUCUGGCCAUUCUGUGAUUCUGUGAUUCUAUCUCCUUGAUCUUCCCGAGUGGCUCCCAGUCACUGCUUGAAAGUGCCUCUGCACCUGUGCCACAAGAGGCUCAAGGAGAAACAGUCGAGGUGCAUGACCACAGGCUCCUGCCUCCUCUAUUUUCUCUUUUCUUACACAUUUCUUUCUGAUACCUUCUGGAAGCCAGCCCGAUAAUUACCAUAUGGUUUGGUUGAACCUGGUGUUGUCAGCACCAAGAUGAUGAGGCAGCUGCCUAAGACACUAGUGCUGUCACUGCUGAUGUUCUCAGCCAUCAUUCAACUAAGCGCCUUCUCAAGUGAGCAAGCCAGGCUUUCAAAGCCUGCAGACCCUCUGGACAUCUCUCAUGGAUUGAUCAGCAGAAGGCAGCUCUGGCAACAUAAAUGAGCAGAGAAACCAUUUUUCAGCACUUGCAGGUCAGUCUAGAGUUUCCACACUCCACUGCUAUCAGGAGAUACCAGAUGCCUGCUAGUAAAAUGUGCCUUUUGUUUCUUUCCUAUUUGACAUGGGUAAUUGCAGGGAAUCUUCCUGAGGUGCAAUGACCUCAACUGUGAUUCAAGGCAGAGUUGGUUUGAUUUCCCAUAAUGCUUUAAAUACGUCAUGCCUUAAGUUUAGCAAGCAAAGGAAAAGAAGUCACAGCAUGCUGCUGGGAACUGAUGUCAUAAAGUUGGGAAGUGUCUAAUAUGUAAUUCCACAUAUCUGUGCUGCAGUAGCCUAUAUCACUGCUAUCUUUUCCUCAAGACAACUGUCUUGCUCUUGCUGAACAUGGCUUUGGAAGCAAGGCAAGGGUUAAAGAUGUAAAAGUACUCUGUAACAGCCUGAAUCAAUUCUAUUAUGCAUAAUUCAGGUGUGUCCUCAUGAACACAUGAGUAAAUAUGAGUAUAUACAGGUAAGUGCGUAAUGGCACACCUUCUUUUUUAGCACAGAGAUAAGAUGUUCUAGGAAACAGAGAAUAAGGAAACAGAAAUGCAUUAUUUAUGGGAAAAAUGUGUGCAUGCAUACACACCCUUAGGUGCUCCUGCACUUCUGCCCUCUCCAGCUGCUCACUGUGGCUAUCUCUACACCAGCACAGCGUAAUAAAAGUCCUCAGAGCUCUCGCUUUGCCACAUCACCAAAUUAGCUUCCGGCUCCCCAGCUUCACUGGAGUGAUGGUGCUCAAGGUAAUUUUUAGCCUUAUUUCCCUUUACAAAUAACUGCUGUGUAGCUACAGUGUCGUGCUGCACAUGAGCACAUCUGCAAGUCCACCAUGCCUAAUGACUUCUAAGUUUGAUUUUAAUCAAAAUUGGCAGUUGGAUGGCAUCAUAAAUAUCCAAACUGAGUGCUGAAGCAAGCCACUACGAUGGCGCUGAGUGAAAGUUGAUUGAAGGAGGUUUGCAGUCAGGCAGCAAAUUAUGAGGAGGAGGAGGACAAGCGCCAGAGAGGGCGAUUGCAGGCAGUUCAGUGAUGGGAUUCAGUAGGUCAGGUUGAUGGUUGGAUUUAAAACACAGGCACCUUCCUGUGUGCUUCCAUGUUUCCCCAGGGCAGGGCAGAGCAGAGCAUGUCCGAGUGCACCUCUAGGACAGCAGCAUGGAGCCCUGGUGCUGCGACCCCACUCCUCACUGCUGCAGCUGUGUGGGCUGCAGAGCUGCUCUGCUGCAGGGCUGGGAGGAGGCUGGGAAGAGUUGAGCUGAGCUGUGGGACAGGCAUCAGGCGAGGCAGGCAGACAGCAAAGGGACAAGAUGCAGAGGUGUGAAAAGCAACAUCCAGCUGUCCUUUGCGGGAAGCCCAAAAGAGUCAAACCAAGACCUGUCUUGUCACUCAUCGUUCAUUAAUAGCAGUCUCCUGCAUUAUUAACCUGGAUAGUUCCUUUAUCCGGGAUGUUUGUAGAAUCAGGCACCAUGACUGAGUCUGGUGCAACCAAAAUACAUUUAACAGGGCUCGUGAAAGCCUGGCUGCAAAUCCAGCCCAGGUUGGGUAGGUGUUGCACUUGCACAGCUCCUUGUCAAGCUUAUCUUCUGUUUUGGAUGGCUGCUGCUGCAGUACUUCCUAUAGCAUACAGCUCCAAUUGCAUGUUACAACAGUCCGAAUAUAAAUUCAUUACAAGAAUACUUGUCAUUUUCACUAGUGUAUUUCUUGUUUAUCCACUACAUUAGCUCCUGUGGCUGAGAGCAGAGAGCAUUGUCCAGAGGUGCCAGGGCCUGACCACGCCAUUGAGUGCCUUAUUUUCUGGAGCAUAAAAUGUGGUUUGGUGCUACUGUUGACUUCAUUUUGCCACGCAUUUUUCACAAAGGAGAAAUGUUGCAUUAGCAUCCGGAUCCUCAAAAAUAAGCUGUUUGCAGUGCUUACAGUACUGCUCUGAUCCAUCAGUAUGGAUAUAGAUGUCCAUAGUGCAAAGACAGUAAUAAAAAAAAAGACAGGAAUCAACUGAGAAUGUUGCUGUCUCAGCACAACUGACUGCAAACAACAAAGUUCACUCUUCACCUUUUAAGAGAAACAGAAACCAAAAGCUGCAGGAAAGACUGGAGAAACAGAACGGCUUUCACUGUGAUGACAAUGCUCUUCUGUCUGAUGCCAUGUGAGGUGGCUGCCCCUGGGUGUUUGUGAGUACAUACCCAAGGAUUUGGACAUACAUCACUCUUGUGGGACCAUGGGAAAAGGAAGGCCAGCAUCACCUCUGAGCUGCUGAGGAACCGCAGGAAAGCUGCAAAUCCCCUGGGCAAAUCUGAGCUCCUUGGCCAGUUGUUCCUUGCCACAGAGGUAUCCCAGGGAAGCGGGACCAAGAGCAGCUUGGGUUUGAGCCACAGCCACUUCUGACCAGCUGUGGUGAUUCUGGUGAGCAGUCAAAGCAGAGGAAAAGGUUCAGUAAUGGAUGCUGUCCCCAGCCUGCCUCUCCCCGGCUCCUGUGCCUCUGAGGUCCAGUGCAUAGCCGGCUCCAGUGGGAAUCCUAAAGAUGAAGGUGACUGUGAAGGUGAAGAUGAAGUGCUCUUUUUUUCCUUUCUAACUUUCUUUCUGGUGUGAUGGGGGCAUGUGCUCUGUACCCCUCAUGGGUUGCAGGAACAGGGCAGCCCUCAGUCCUGGUGGGUCCCCAGCAUUUGCUGAGGGUAAAUUUGCAAGAGCACCAGGGGGAGCAGCAGGACAGGAUUUAAAAUCCUGCGAGUGAGGCAGAGCAGAACGUGAGAGCAGGUAUGAAGGCAACAGAUAACAAAGGAACUGCAGGUGCUGGGCAGAGCGGUGACAACACUGGUGACAGCAUCAAGGCCACACUGCCGAUAAGGCCGCUGUGCAGAAGUGGAGCAAGACUGACAUGAUGCACUAUGGCUCAGCCACCCAUUCCCCACAAGAUGGAAGGUCUGCAAGCUGCACUGUGGUCCCCCAGGAAGUGCAAGUGUGAUAUGAGUCACAGGACCACGACUGAUGCCUGCGACAAAGCUGGGGACAGCAGGAGGGGAUUGCACCGAAAUAUCUGCAACGUGGAGGAGGAGGCUUAAAUGCAUGAUUGUCUCUGUAGAUGGAGCUGUGCAGCCAGUGCUGGGCUGUGCAACCAACGGGAACCUCCUGGCCACCUAAGGAAGGACUUCCCCUCUCUAACUCGAGGGGAUGGUUGCUGGGACUUUUGUCAGAGGCUUCAAGCCUGCACUUGAAAGCAAAAUUGAAAGAGGAAUGAGAGGCCUCUGAGAGGUGGUUUCCUCUGAGAGCCUGUGAUGGUGGUUUCCCCUUUGUCACACCGCUAGGUGUCAUUUAGCUCACUCUGUGAAGAUCACAGCAUCUGAACACUGCUGAGAAACUGGGUGCAGAAAGAUCAAGCCUCAUGUCGGCCAACAGUGCUGCAGAACCUGCUGCUGCUGGCACAGAAGGGAUGUGGACGCCUAUGCCAUGAGGAGGGUGAGGCAGAGACAGCAGCACAUCUGAGCUGCACGGUUCCUGCACUGCUCAUGGUGCAACUCCAGGAACCAGGCCAAGCUCGGGACAGGCAAUGCAGCACACAGGCAGGGAGGCUGACAGAGGCCUUGGAGUCAAAGUCUAGCCGUUUUUUUGCCACUGAACACCUUGGAGAAGACCAUGCAGGCCCCUGACAGCUCUUCUGCAGGGCUUUGCCGGGUGGGAGCAGCUCGUAGGACACUGAGUCGUCCUCUAGUUGAGAGCUGGUUGGGAACAGGUUGCCAAGCCGGGGUGUGAGGAGAUUAAUCAUCACGUGCCAGAAUGUGAGAGCUUCUGGCUUCAUGAGACCAUGUGUGCUGGCGGAAGGAUGCCCUGGGGCCUUGCUGCACAGCCUCACACACGUCAGGGCUGUCUCCACUGCUUGUCACAAUGCCUAUUGCUUGUGCAUGACCCAUUGAGGAUGGAGAUUCCCCGUCUUCCUGCUGGUCAGGUUGCUCACCCUCCUGCGGAAGGCUGGUUCCUGACACCCUGUGUGAACUUCUCUGCUCAGGACUUUGUGCCUAUGGCUUUCACUGUGCCACCUCCAGCAACCAAGAGGACCUUGGUUCCACCAAUUUAGUUCCUUAGUCCUUUAGUUGUAGGCUGCUGGCAGAUCUCCCUUUACCAGACUAAGCCACCCCACCAGCACUCCUGUUCCUUGGGAACAACUGCUAGUGCAGUUAAAUAUUUACUUUACCUGUAGGAUUUUCAAAGCAGAAUAAUAAUAAGCGUCAAAUGUUACUGAACUGUGUCAACAGGGAAUGUAAUCCGUGUGCACAGCCAUCUAAGCAGAGCAGAGGUGUGUUCUGAAAGGGGAAUCCCAAAGCUCCUGCCAGUCCAUGCUCAGCCAUGCCUGUCUGACCACGAGGGCUUGCUGAGAUACUCCUGCUCAUCUCUGCUGUCCAGGGCCAGCAAGAACCACGCUAAGACUCAGGUAAAACUGUGAGGAAGAAAGGUCCUGAAUGUGAUGUGUCUGUCUCUUCAGCAAGUGCCCAUGUGUACGCUGCACGUGUCUGCAGAUCUUCCAGGCAGUUUUCUGUAGGUUUGUGUUGGCCCUUUGCACAAAGAGUACCUCCUACCCACUACCAGGGUGAAGGAGACGCCCUCUCCCUUCUGGCCCAGACUUAAUCUUGCCGUAUCUGUCCCAAAGGAGUUCUAGUCAAAACUACUUUUCAGCUAUGAUGCUGACUUUCUGUCCAGCGAUUCUCUUUUCCAUCCUUCACCCUUCAGCCUUUGAUCUUGAUUCCAUCAAGGAAAGUGUUGGUGGAUGUGGUAAAUUGUUUUCUCAGGGGCAACAAGGAUGCUCACAUGGAAAGACUGAUGUUGGACAUUUUUCUCAAAGGUGAAAAAGCAAGGUCUUGUGGAAUGGAGGUCCUUGCUGAAAAGUCCCCCAGUGGCACAGCCUCCCAGAUCAGCCCCAACUUUUGCAUUUUGCACAUGAAGUAUCCCAAUCAAAAAUGGAGAUCCACGUGGUGUAGGAAUCACAGAACCAUAGAAUAUCCCAAGCUUGUAAGAGACCUGCAAGGAUCAUGGAGUCCAACUCCUGGCUUCACGCAGGACCACCCAAAGCCCAAACCCUGUGUCUGGGGGCAUUGCCCAAACUCUCCUUGAGCACCAGCAGCGCUGCCCUCUAAGGCACAGCCUUUAUCUCACCCCCACCUGACCUCUUCUGAUGCAGCUCUGUGCUGUUCCCUUGUGUUCUGUCACUGUCACCACGAAAUGAGGAAUGGCAGCUAUGAAGCUGGAGGGUCGUCUUGGGGGUAAUGUACACAGUGGGAGGCUGGCUGGUUUGGAGAGGAGAGCAGCAUUACUUAGCCUGCGCUGUGGGCCAAAGGGAUUUUAUGGCAGCCUCUAUUGCCUGCACCUGGAGUUGGCAGGCUGUCAUUCACCUCUGGGUGCACAGGCUGUCUGUUCCCAGCGCACGUCAAAGUGCUCAAAAUGCUGCUUUUCCCAGCACCAAGAUUAGCUGCUGCCUUCUGCUAUAAAGGCUGCUGUGAGCGGAGUGAGGUGCACGAAUGCAUGCACCCAUGCCAGCCAUGCCCACAAAGGAGCUGCUGGUGCUGGCGCUGAUGCUGGUAGCCUUCGUUUCUGCCAGUGGGGCAGAGCUGGAAGAGGAGAACGGCCUGAGAAGGCCGAGGUGUGGAGAGAUGGCUGAGCUGCAGGCCUGCCCCCUGCUGCACUUGCCCAUCUGUGGGAGCGAUGGGAACACCUAUGCCAAUGAGUGCUUGCUCUGUGUGCAGAAAAUGAAAACCAGGCAAGAUAUCCGGAUUUUGAAUGACGGGGAGUGUCAAGAUAUCUGAGCCUCCUGGUGGCCUUCCUGAGCCCGCAAAUAGGUGAUUAAUUGAUGCUGUACGCUCUGCGUGCAUCAGACAUUUCAAUCAGUGACAGUAAAUAAU